CCCGUGACCGUAUUUUUAGUUUUUUCUUGAAAAGAUGGGUAGCCUAAGUGAUCACGACUCUUCUUCAAACGAUUUCAAACCAAUAUUAGACGUAGAAGAAUUUCGCAAACAAGCCCACCAAAUGGUCGACUUCAUAGCCGAUUACUACACCAAAAUUGAAUCCUACCCAGUACUCAGUCAAGUACAACCCGGUUAUAUUCGGACCCGGUUGCCCCGUACGGCCCCAUCACGAUCCGAAUCUCUCGAAGCCAUUUAUAAAGACAUUAACAGCAUCAUAAUCCCCGGUAUGACCCAUUGGCUCAGCCCAAAUUUCUUCGCCUUUUUUCCAGCCACGUUCAGUACCGCCGCCUUCAUUGGCGAAAUGCUCUGCACUGGUUUUAACGCCGUCGGAUUCAACUGGUUGGCAUCUCCAGCCGUGACGGAGCUCGAAAUGGUCGUCAUGGACUGGCUCGCCAACAUGCUCUGUCUUCCCAAUUCUUUCUUCUUUUCUGAAAACGGAAAUGGUGGCGGCGUUAUACAGAAUACAACGAGCGAAUCGAUCCUCGUGACCCUCAUUGCGGCACGUGACCAAACGCUCGACAGAAUCGGCGGCGCCGACCACAUGCGAAAGCUCGUCGUCUACAGCUCCGACCAGACCCAUUCGAUGUUCAGUAAAGCCUCCAAGCUUGCGGGAAUUUCCCCUUCCAACAUAAGAACAAUCCAAACGAAUCUUGACGGAGGUUUCUCCCUGUGCCCGGAAAAGCUCCGGCGGGUCGUGGAGGAUGACGUGGCAAAAGGGUUGGUCCCUCUGUAUCUGUGCGCUACGGUAGGAACGACUUCUACAACUGCAGUUGAUCCACUGGAGCUUUUAGCUGACGUGGCGAGAGAUUAUUCGAUGUGGUUCCACGUGGACGCUGCUUACGGUGGCAGUGCAUGCAUUUGUCCCGAGUUCAGACACUAUUUGAACGGAAUAGAGCGAGUUGACUCACUGAGUAUGAGCCCGCAUAAGUGGCUACUCACUUAUUUAGACUGUUGUUGCUUAUGGGUUAAGAGGUCUGAUGUGUUGGUGAAAGCUUUGAGUACAAAUCCCGAGUACUUGAGAAACAAACUCAGUGAGUCCGACUCGGUGGUGGAUUUUAAAGACUGGCAAGUGGGUACGGGUCGGAGGUUCAAGUCGAUCCGGUUAUGGCUCGUUCUGCGCUGCUACGGCGUAGAAAAUCUUCAGAACCAUAUCAGGUCCGAUAUUAGGAUGGCGAAACAGUUCGAGUGGUUCGUAAGGUCCGACCCGAGAUUCGAAAUCGUUGUGCCCAGGCGUUUUGCGUUGGUGUGCUUUCGGUUGAAUCCGAACCCGCUAGAUGAGCCGGGUCAUGCCGAGGUGUUGAACCGUAAGCUGCUUGAUUGGGUCAACUCGACGGGAAAGCUAUAUAUGACGCACACAAUAGUGGGUGGGGUAUACAUGUUGAGGUUUGCUUUGGGGGCCACACUUACUGAGGAGUGCCACGUCAUUGCCGCGUGGAAGUUGAUCAAGGAGGGGGCUGAUGAACUGUCUAAAUCUAAAAAUUGAUUUUAGAAAAAAAUAAAAGGUGUUUCUAUAGAUAUUUCUUUUGUGUAAUUUGAUCUAUAUUAUUGGGUUUUGAUGGGGGGAGCAAGUACGUAGUAGCUCAGCUUGGGUGUUGUUUAUGAUUUUAUUUGUUUGAGUUAGCAAAACAAAAAAUCAGUUCUGAGUAAUGUUAUCAUGACAAUUUUGUCAUUGAUCGAUAAUAAUACGUUCUACUGAAGUGGUAGAGCAUUGACUGUUCACGUAUAA